AUGGAUAUCGACGGAUCGACAUUGCGUGAAGAUGAGCAUUUCGAAAUCUAUGUGGAUGAUCAUACGAUUCAAAUAACAGACGCACCGGUAUACCUGAUGCUGGGACGAGCCCGAAGACUAGAGAGCGAUGACUCCGCCGCGCAUCCCGGAGGCCAGCCCCUUGUAUCCUCGACUGAGUCCUCUAUCCUGGAUGGUCUAGACUAUGAAUGCUUAAUCCUCGAAGAGUCGGGCAAGUUGGGCCAAUUUCGUCGUCUAGGCUACUUCAAGUUCCGGCCACCACGUUACACGUACAGCGAUAUGUCCGAUGAACAAUGGUUGAAACAUCGUAUCCAUGCGCGCGACCUCCUCAGGAAACAGUUCGUACAUGACAACUUACCGGGAAGUGUUUGCGGUGUGCCAGAUCAAACGGGCAGGUAUGAGAUCACGCUGAUCUGA